AUGCCUGGAGCUGGACUGUUAUGGGGCAAGCCUCACAGAGGCCCUGCAUGGCAAGUUUUCAGCAACUUCUGGGGCCUGCUUCCAGAUAUUAAGAUCUCCAGAGUUACAAAGGACACCCCACGCCCUCAGUACUCCAGUGACUUAUUUCAGUGGUUACUGGACUCUAAUGCUCUCAAUAGUGAAAAACAAGACUACCUGGGAGAAAUUUUUGUUUUCUUGCUGUGUAACCUUAGACGACGGGGACCCGAUAGCAGUAGACAGUUGUUGAAGUCGAAUGCGAACUACCAGUGUUUAUUUUCGGGGCAUGUCCUUCACCUAAGAGGGGUGUUGACUGCCCAGCCGCUGGAAGGGGAGAGGGGCGACGUGCUCCUGUGGAACGGAGAAGUCUUCGGUGGAGUGCAGGUGGAUGCCGAAGAGAAUGACACUCAGAUCAUGUUUAACUGUCUUUCCUCUUGUCAGAAUGAGUCUGACAUUGUGUCACUCUUCUCGGAAGUUCAGGGUCCUUGGUCUUUUAUCUAUUACCAAGCAUCUAAUCAUCAUCUGUGGUUUGGUAGGGAUUUUUUUGGUCGCCGGAGCUUGCUGUGGCAUUUUAGUAACUCGGGCAUGAGUUUCUGCCUCUCUUCAGUUGGCUCCCACACAUCGGAAGUGGCCAAUCCAUGGCGAGAAGUUCCAGCAUCUGGAAUUUUCCGAAUUGAUCUCAAAUCUACUUCUGUCUGCAAAUCUGUGGUUUUAAAGUCGUAUCCUUGGAGAUCCAUUUCUAAGGAGAACGUUCUCAAAGACUGUGACGACAGCCUGGCUUGGAUUUCAGCGAGCCUGCCAGCGUUUGUAUCCGUGGCAGCAAACGAAGCCAGACUGUGCCUGAAUGAACCUGUUGCUCCUCUGAAUGUGCUGCUGCCCCGGCUCCCGCCCGCCCUCCGCGCCGGCACUGCCAGCAGCACUCCCACGGGAGACACGCUGCGGGCCCUGCUGGCGGACGCGCACACGCAGGAGGUGGUGGGGCGGUUCCUCGCUGUGCUGAGCAGCGCUGUCGGGAGGCGCGUCCUGUGUCUGCCUCGGGAGGGAGCCCGGCCACCGGGCGCCGUAGCAAAGGUGGCAGUCCUGUUCUCCGGGGGUGUUGACUCCAUGGUCAUUGCAGCCCUUGCUGACCGUCAUGUUCCUUUAGAGGAGCCCAUUGAUCUGCUGAACGUGGCUUUCAUGACGAAAGAAAAGGCCGCCCCGGCCAGUUCCAACAGCAGAGGGAGGAAACAGGGAAACUGCGAGAUGCCGUCUGAGGGAUCGACUCCUGAUGCUGCUGCGGGUCCCGAAAAGUGGGUCGGUGCCCCCGACCGAGCCACGGGCCGAGCGGGCCUGAAAGAGCUGCAAGCCGCCAACCAGGCCCGGGCCUGGAAUCUGGUCGACAUUAACGUUUCUCUGGAAGAACUGCAGGAGCUGAGAAGAGCUCGCAUUCGCCACCUGGUCCAGCCCUCGGACACGGUGCUGGACGACAGCAUCAGCUGUGCCGUCUGGUUUGCUGUCCGGGGAGCUGGCUGCCUGGUGGCCCCGGAGGACGUGAGGCCGUAUCGGAGCCAGGCAAAGGUCGUGCUGACCGGGAUCGGUGCGGACGAGCACCUGGCAGGCUACUCCCGCCAUCGUGCCCGCUUUCAGAUGCACGGCCUGGAGAUUGAGAUGGAACUGGCUCGGAUCUCUUCUAGGAACCUUGGCCGUGAUGACAGAGUGAUUGGCGACCAUGGAAAAGAGGCAAGGUACCGGAGUCUCAUGUAGUUCUGUACAGAUAAUAGGCUGUAAAGGGAGAUCUUAGGUCUCUUGUUUUCCUUUGGAGGCUGUUCAAGUCAUAACCGUAGCAACAAUGACGUCUUGGGUUCAUAGUCAACACAGCAGGGAGGGUCGAUGUGUCACUUGGUUAUGAAAAGACAUUCCUUCUGGUGAUUAAUUGACUAAGUGGCCCUUGACUGCAAGGAUUCAGCAUGCAGAGCAGGCGUCCAAGCGAGCUCGUGCGGUGUGGAGCAUCAUAACAGCCACUCUGAGCCGUCGCUUCUUGUCUAUUCCACUCUCUUCCUGCUUUCAUGGAGCUCUGGUUGCCUUUGUACCAUCGUCAUUCUCCUGUUGCCAGUUCUGACCCAUGUGAAAUUUUGACC